CACUGUUGGGGAUCGACGCCUUUUCAUAUUUAUUAAUCCCGACAGGAAGAAGACGGAUUGCUAUUUUUAUUUAAUAGGCGCUAAGUUGACAUUGUUCCUCCCCCCGCAACCCCUUUCACUUGUACUUUCACAUUGCACUGAAUUAGACGUUGAUUUCAUACUCCGAUUUUACAUUUUAUUACCAAUACUACCUGAAGGCGUAAUUCCUCAAGAACAUGGUCCUUAGCAAGCCGGAUUAAGAAGAGAUUAUAAUAACCAGUGAUAAAUAGAUAAAUUAUCAAGAAAUUACGCCGAAUAUUCGUCGGGCAUCGGGGUCACCGAGGUCACCGUAGUGGGUGUGGUCAGGAAUACUCUGGAUUACAGUGUUUUAUUAUUAUAAUUGUUAUUAAUCAACCCAACACUCUUUUAAUCAGGUAGUAUUUAUGUUUAAUCGGACUAAUUAUAAGGCUGUCUCUCGCUUCCCAGAAUGACCAAAGAAGUAGAUAAAGGUGCGAGUAGUGUGUCGAUGGAGGUGACGAAAGAGGAAAGGGACUUAAUUAGAAAAAGAGCAAGUAUUAAGGGACGUUUAACGGCAUUUACGAACUUCCUAACUCCUUUGAACGUUUCGUCAUUGACUCCGGAGGCGGCCAGUGAGUUACAGUUGCGUACCGGUAAGAUUGAAUCCUUAUAUCAACAGUAUGAUGAGGUGCAGUCACAGUUAGAGUGCAUUGUGGAUGAUGUGGAUGGUCAGAUCGCGGAGCGUAACGAGUACGAGUCUCGAUAUUAUAAAACACUUUCUAAGGCGCAGCAAUUAUUGACGUCUUUUUGCAGUGAUAAGGCCACUCAACCUGGUACUCACAAGCAGGUCAAAUUGCCUACUAUCCAAUUGCCGAAGUUUAGUGGUUCAUACGAGAAUUGGCUCGAGUUUCGGGAUACUUUCUCCAGCUUGGUACAUUCCAACGAUGGUUUUGAUGAGAUUAGCAAAUUUCAUUAUUUGCGAGCCUCGCUGGAGGGGUCUGCUGCUGUGGUCAUUCAGUCCAUAGAGUUUUCCGCGAUUAAUUAUUCCAUUGCGUGGAAGCUCCUUUGUGAGCGUUUCGAUAAUAAACGUUUACUAGUGCAAAAUCACGUGUCGGCUCUGUUUAACAUCGAAACAAUCACAAAGGAAUGCUCAGUAACAUUAAAACGCGUUAUCGAUCAACUUAACAAGAAUCUGAGAGCAUUAGAGUCUCUGGGCGAGCCUACCAAGCAGUGGGACACGCUCCUUAUAUAUAUUGUGACUCGUAAACUUGAUGCGAAAACCUACCGUGAGUGGGAGGAACAUAGAGGCUCUCUCGAUAAAAGUGACUCUAUCACUUUUGAGUCUUUCAUUGAUUUUUUGCGAAAACACGCUAAUUUGAUCGAAACUUUGGAAUCGUCGCGCAGUAAAUCCUUUAACUCUAACACUCAAACAAACACACAAAAUGCUAAGUCUAAUCCUAAAUUAAAAACUAUGAUUUCAGUGCAAGACAGUUCCCCUUCUGCAAUCAUGUCGUGUCCCAAAUGCAAGGGUGAACAUAACUUAGCGAAUUGUUCGCAGUUUCUCGCGAUGAGUAACGAAGCACGGCUUCAAUUGUUACCCAAUUAUAAGGUUUGUUUUAACUGUCUUCGCGCGGGUCAUUACGCUAACCGUUGCAGCAGGCCAGGCUGCAAGGUAUGUAAGCGCAGGCAUAAUACUUUAAUUCACGUGGCUCAGAACAAACCAGUUUUGAAUGACGAGCAAGUUCGCGCUACGCGCGAGCCCUCGCACUCCUCUGCCUUGCCUGUUGCGGAGCCUAGCGCUAACGUAAGCUUGACUGCUAGCGUAUCGAUGACGCCAGAGUACAACCAGGGCGAAGUUCUACUGUCGACAGCUUUAGUUAAAUUGUAUGACGCAGAUAAUCGCGAGUAUAUCGCGCGCGCUCUGCUCGACAGUGGAAGUACGUCCUGCUUAAUGACAGAGAAACUGUCGCAACAGUUAAACCUACCUGUUACGCGAAUUAAUAAAAAUGUAUUGGGCAUUAAUAAUGUCGCGUCACAUGUUGGGAAAAUGUGUCGUGUGCCCAUGAAGUCUUUAAAUGAGAACUUCUCAGUGAACUUACAGUGUUUCGUGUUGCCUUCAAUCACUGAUAAUGUGCCUCAUCGUCAGGUGAACCUAUCAGGUAUUAAAAUACCAUCUGACUUAUGUCUGGCUGAUCCCAAUUUUUAUGCGCCGGCGUCUAUUGAUUUAAUUAUCGGUGCUGAUAUCUUCUGGGAUAUUAUGGGGUCGCAGCACAUUAAAUUAGGCGAGGGAAAACCUACCUUACAUGAGACUAGACUUGGCUGGAUAGUAGCGGGUCCAACUAACAGCGGCCUUGUAGGUUCUCCAUUGAAAUGUAAUUUCACAAAAGUCGAUGACAUUGAAAACCGUCUCACGAGGUUUUGGCAGCUUGAAGAAGUCUGCCCCGUGUCACCUGAGUUAUCUCCUGAGGAAAAAAUGUGUGAAGCACAUUUUAUAAAAAACACUACGCGUCUAAAUGACGGCAGUUUCUGUGUGAGAAUUCCCUUAAAGGAAAACCCAGACGUAUUAGGAGACUCGUGUCAUCGAGCUCGUCAUUGUUUCUCGUCUAUGGAACGCAGGCUUCAGGGGUCUUUCGGUCAAAUGUAUAGGGACUUCAUGUCGGAGUACGAGACUUUACAACACAUGUCUCAACUUCCUGUGGAUAAAGUAGAGCCUAAUAAUGCUUAUUUCAUACCACACCAUGGUGUUCUGCGUGAGAGCAGCACUACCACUAAAUUAAGGGUGGUAUUCAACGCGAGCAGCCCUACUUCAUCGGGAGUUUCACUUAACAGCAUUCAAAUGGUCGGUCCCACUGUGCAAGACGAUCUGUUGUCUAUACUUCUACGUUUUCGGCUUUAUAAGUACGUUCUCUCCGCGGACGUAGAGAAAAUGUACCGAACUGUCCUCGUACAUCCAGACGACAGACAUUUACAACAGAUCUAUUGGCGCGCUGAUCCCUCUGAACCUUUAAAAGUUUAUCAGCUGAACACCGUUACCUACGGGACGGCCAGUGCACCCUUUCUUGCUACGCGUUGUCUGAAGCAGAUAGGCCUUGAGUGUGAGGACAAAAAAGUCUCUGAAGUCAUUUUACAUGACUUCUGGGUAGAUGACCUGUUGACCGGAGGGGAUGAUUUACACGAAACUAAGGUGUUACGUGAGAGGGUGACUGCAGAACUCGCUUCAGCUCGCAUGCAUUUACGAAAAUGGAAGUCGAACGAGCCUGAGUUAGUGCCCGAGUCUGCGCAAUCAUCCGUCGAUUUAAAUAUCGGUAGCAAUGAGCCUAAUAAGGUGUUAGGCCUAGGGUGGGACACGCAAUGUGAUGAGCUUCAUUUUCCAAUAGGUAACGCCAUUUCUAAUGUCAAUACAAAGCGUAACAUGCUCUCCAUCAUCUCUCAAAUUUUUGACCCCCUAGGGCUAUUAGCUCCUUGCAUAAUAAGCAUGAAAAUGCUUUUACAACGAUUAUGGUUGCUUAAGUUGAACUGGGACGAGCAGUUGCCCCCGGAGAUUAGUGUCGCCUGGGCUGAAAUUAUUAGACAACUGCCGCAGUUAAACAACUUACGCAUACCUAGAUUUGUUUUAUGUGAUUCACACGAGUCAGUCGAAUUGCACAUAUUCACGGAUGCGUCCGAACGCGCAUACGGCGCAUGUCUGUAUAUCCUAAGCGUUAAUCAAGAUGGUGAUGUCUCCGUGCGCCUAUUGUUAGGUAAAAGUAGAGUUGCGCCUAUAAAGCCUACGACGAUUCCUAGGCUCGAGUUGUGCGGCGCCCUUGUCGGCGCGCGUCUCUACGAGAAGGCAAUAAGCUCUCUUCGUAUCCCUAUAAAGAGCACCACCUUUUGGACCGACUCUACAAUCGUGUUAGGUUGGCUGAAAAUGUUGCCUAGUAAGUUACAGCCUUUUGUUCGUAAUCGUGUUGCGGACAUAUUAGAAAAAACAGGCAACUGUGUAUGGAGACAUGUCCCCACGGAUCAGAAUCCCGCCGACUUUAUAUCUCGCGGCGUAGAUAUAAACAAGAUUCAGCAUCUUGAUUUGUAUUGGUUCGGUCCGAGUUUUUUAAAGCAGCAUGAGUCUAGCUGGCCGUCAAGCCCAGUUUCAAGUGCUUCAUUGCCUGAGGUGCGACAUGACGUCUCUUUACACGUAACCGUGAAUGAACACACUGAUAAUAGUGUCUUUAUUGAUUUUAAUCGCUUUUCUAACUUUUUGAGACUGAAACGCACCGUCGCGUACGUGUUGCGAUUUAUAAAUAAAUGCAGAAAGCAGUCAGUUUCUCAUGAUUACCUCACGAAUGACGAGUUAGAAAACGCUUUACACGUUAUUAUUAGGACGUCACAACGCGAAUCAUUUCCCGAGUACAAGUUGCUUAUUAAUAAACAGACUUUACCGAAAAAGUGCCCUUUGUUAAAGUUUAAUGUCUUUCUCGAUGAAAAUAAUUUAAUGCGCGUUGGUGGUCGCCUUCAUCAUUCCCAUUUUUCCUUUGAAAAGAAACACCCUAUCGUUAUACAGUCCUCUCAUCAAUUUACUAAACUUUUAUUUAAUUUUGAGCAUCGAAAAUUAUUUCAUGCAGGGCCCCAGUUGUUAUUAGCUACAAUUCGCGAAACUUACUGGCCAAUUGGAGGUCGAAAUUUAGCCAAAGCAGUUUUUCAUCGGUGUGUACGUUGUAGUCGAGUUAAAGGACAAACUGUAGCGCCUUUGAUGGGUAAUUUACCACAGCAGCGCCUCGUGCCGGGAGGUUAUCCUUUCGAGAAUGUCGGUAUGGAUUAUGCCGGUCCAAUUUCAUCCGUAAGUCGUCAAGGUAGGGGUUGUAAGGUGGUUAAAGUGUUUAUAGCCAUUUUCGUGUGUUUCACGACUAAAGCGAUCCACCUUGAAUUAGUUGGCGAUUUGACCAGUAAUACGUUUUUACUCGCGCUGCGCCGUUUCAUUUCUCGGAGGGGAAAGCCCAUUAAUAUUUAUUCUGAUAACGGCACCUCAUUCGUCGGUGCUUAUAACGAACUCUCGCAGUUUUUAAAAACCCACUGUAACUCGCUGGCUGAAGACGUGGCCAAUGAUGGUGUAAACUUUCAUUUUAUACCUGCGUACGCACCGCACUUCGGAGGUCUCUGGGAGGCGGGAGUCAAGUCGACUAAGUUUCAUUUAAGGAGAGUGCUGGGAGUUUGUAAUUUAACUUAUGAGGAGCUUAACUCCACCUUGAUUCAGAUCGAGGCUAUUUUAAAUUCCCGACCACUCACCCCACCGUCAUCGGAUCCGGACGACUUGACGCCAUUGACACCUGGCCAUUUCAUCAUCGGGAGACCUCUCACGGCUUUACCUGUUCCUGACCUUCAAGAUCGUGCCAUGAAUCACUUAACUCGAUUCCAGCGGACUGAACAACUUCGUCAGCAGUUUUGGGCAAGAUGGAGCAUUGAAUAUGUUGCAGAGUUACAGCACAGGACAAAGUGGCGAACUAAUCAACACUCACUGCAGCUGGAUUCUCUCGUCCUUAUUAAGGAAGAUCAUCUCCCUCCAUUGAAGUGGAAGCUGGGUCGUGUCGUGGCCGUUCAUCCUGGCUCAGACGGCAUCAAUAGAGUAGCCGAUGUUAGAACGACAACUGGUGUAGUACGACGAGCUUUCAGCAAGAUUUGCCCGUUGCCCGUGUCUACAAAUGAUGUUAGUUGAAAGAGAAGCCUUUCAACGCCGGGGGGCAUGUUGGGGAUCGACGCCUUUUCAUAUUUAUUAAUCCCGACAGGAAGAAGACGGAUUGCUAUUUUUAUUUAAUAGGCGCUAAGUUGACAUUGUUCCUCCCCCCGCAACCCCUUUCACUUGUACUUUCACAUUGCACUGAAUUAGACGUUGAUUUCAUACUCCGA